GGGCAGAGCGUCACAGAAGAAAUGGAACGUUUAUCACUUUGCACUAGUCUUGUUCCAUUUCGAAAAGCCAUUAAAACCGUUAACCGCCGCGGUUGCAACUUCACGGUGACGAAUUGCAGCGGUGGCCACGGCGGGGAGGAUGCUCCCCUCUCAGGUUCUUCCUCCGCUUACUCUGUUCUUGGUGUCCACCCAACAUGCUCACAGGCCGAGCUGAAAGCUGCUUUCCGAGCCAGAGUGAAGGAGUUUCAUCCUGAUGUUAAUAGGAAUCGAAAAGGUUCUGAUACCAUGAUCCGCCGUGUUAUUAAGGCAUAUGAGAUGCUAUCCAAUUUCAGCCGAUCAGAGAUCAUCGAAGAGGAAUGUUUAGAUCCUUUUGAUAAUCCAGAAUGUGAAGCGUUUGAUGUUUUUGUGAAUGAGGCCUUCUGUGUUGGAAAAGGUUGUCCAUACUCAUGUGUACAAAGGGCUCCUCAUGCCUUCACCUAUGCUUCAACUGGGACUGCAAGAGCGACUUCUCAAGGACAUGGAGAAGAUUACCAAGUUCAGCUUGCAGUUGGUCAGUGCCCAAGAAGCUGCAUUCAUUAUGUUACACCUUCUCAGAGGGAUGUUUUGGAGGAGCUACUUGACAGCAUCUUGAACACACCUUUUGAUAAUUCAGCUGAGGUGGAUCUGCUAUACUCUCUUAUAGUUAAAGCCAGGUUUGAGAACGAUCGAUAUCGAAAGCCAAAGAAGCCACCCAAAGCUUCAACAGAACAUGUAGAUUGGUUUUGAACAUGUGAUUCUACAACUGAAGGAUUUUUAAUAGAUCAUAAUUAACCCACAGCGUGAAGGUGCAACCUAUGGAGAUGAUAUGUACCAGCAUUUCAUUUACCCGAAACCUGGUGUUACAUACAAGGGGAUUACAAGCUUUAUACUCCAACAUCAAGAGGAUUCAUAUAUGAGAUCAGAUGGAAUGGACUGCUAGGACAUGUACAGAAAAAUCCUUGUUUAUGACAACAGAAAUAGUUUCCUCUUGUCGAAAACAAUGGUAAUGUAGUCUGUGUUUCUUUGCUGAAACAACUCUCCUAGAAACUUAGAAAGCUUGCACUAGAGUUUUAGUUUUUUAAUCAUUGGUUACGUAUGACCAGAAUCUAACACAUUUUACGACU